AGCUGCAUUGCUUCAAAACAUGCCUGAGGUGAAGAAGGUCAGCACGACGCCAAAUUCUGUUACUAUUUAUCUAGAAAAGCUAACCAACAUAGUGCAAACUUAUACCAUAGACAUAGUGCAGAAUUUUAUGGUGAUGAAUCUGAAACCUGCUGUUGUCAAGGUGUUCGACUAUUAUUUCCCAGAGGAAAACUCGGUGACCAGCUACACAACGAUCUCUUUGUGCUCCAAUAAACUCGCCAAUGCCAGUGCUAAACUUGUUGGAGCUGUGUAA